AUGAAUUUUAAACUACUACUACUACUAGUCUCUUAUGUACUAAUUAUUACUACUACUACUAAUGCCUCUUCUUCUUCUUCCCCAACAAGUAACUUCUACCCCAAACUUCCAAGGCUAAGUCCCAUUAUUGGAAAUAGGUUUUUCCUCCGCCACCUCAACCACCAAAGCAGUCUGGCGGUUUCGAAUAUUCCACCGAAUUACAAAUUGUUUCUUUACAACCAAACAUUGGAUCAUUUCAACUAUCAGCCAGAAAGUUACACUACUUUCCAACAACGGUACUAUGUCAACUCUAAGUACUGGGGUGGCUCUAAUGCUAAUGCUCCAAUAUUUGCUUACCUUGGAGCUGAAUCGCCUAUUGAUGGAGAUAUCCCUUAUAUUGGUUCUCUCGUUGAGAACGCAUCUUCCUUUAAAGCUCUCAUCGUCUUUAUUGAGCACCGAUAUUAUGGAAAGUCAAUUCCAUAUGGAUCAUGGAUGGCAGUAAAGAAAAAUACAAGCAGGUUGGGUUACUUCCACUCAGCUCAAGCCAUAGCUGACUAUGCUGAGAUUCUCCUUUAUAUCAAGAAAACCUAUCAAGCUCCAAAGUCUCCCAUCAUCGUUAUUGGUGGAUCCUACGGUGGAAUGCUAGCUUCAUGGUUUAGAUUGAAGUAUCCUCAUAUAGCCCUUGGAGCUUUGGCAUCAUCAGCUCCAAUUCUUUACUUUGAUGAUAUCACACCACAGACUGCCUACUUCCAAAUCGCCUCAAACAAUUUUAGAGAAGCUAGUGACAGUUGUUACCAAACCAUAAAGCAGUCAUGGUCCGAAAUUGACAGGGUUGCAGCUAUGGCUAAUGGCCUUUCAAUACUUAGCAACAAGUUCAACACUUGCAGUCCUUUACAGCGUUCUUCAGAGCUUUCGUCGUAUUUGAACUUAAUAUACCUUACGGCAUCACAAUACAAUAGUCCACCAACAUACCAAGUGAGCGUAAUAUGUAAUGGAAUUGACGAUAAUAAAAGUGGUGACAUUCUUGACAAGAUAUUCUCAGGCAUUUCUGCUUAUGAUCCUCGGGCUAAUUGCUAUGUUAACAGUCCUAUUCCUCCUGCCGAUGCUGAUACAAAUGAGGCUUGGUCUUGGCAGACAUGCAGUGAUAUGGUGUUUCCAAUAGGUGUGGGCAAUGAUACAAUGUUCCCGGCUACACCAUUUGAUUUAACAUAUCUCAUCAACUAUUGCAAACGGCGUUAUGGGGUUCCACCGCGCCCUGAUUGGGCAACUACCUACUAUGGAGGUCAUAAUAUAAAGCUUGAUCUAUAUAGGUUUGGUAGCAACAUAAUUUUCACCAAUGGCCUCAAAGACCCAUAUAGUGCCGGCGGGGUUUUGGAAGACAUAAACAAAAGCAUUUUCGCACUCAAAACAACCAACGGAUCUCAUUGCUUGGAUCUUGUUCCAGAAAAUACAGCAACUGAUCCAAAUUGGUUAGUCCAGCAAAGACAGACUUCGGCCAGAAUCGUCAAAAAUUGGAUCGAUCAAUACAAUGCCGACCUUAAAACCUUCAAAAUAUAACAUAUAUAUAUUGUUUUAAUAAGUUAAUUAUGAUCUAUAUCAUAAGGAUUACAUGCAUGUAAUGUUGAAACUUGUAAUCAUCUCCAAGUUUUUAAUGAAACAAUAGAGUUUACAAAUCU